CGAUGGGCCCGGCCGAACCCCGGAACCAAAGAGCGCGGCGCUGUUGCCGGCCGGCACCGAGCGAUGGGGACCGGAAGUGAGGGGGGGGACGGGACCGGGCCGGAGGAGCGGCGGCGGCGCGGCCCCGGCCCGCGGGGCGGAGGCGCCAUGGCCCGCAGCCAGUCACGGAAGCGAUCGCGGAGCCGGAGCCCCUCUCGCAGCCGGCAGCGGAGGAAGGAGAAGCGCAGGAAGAGCGGCAGGGACCCGCAGCCCGGCAGCGGCUCGCCAGGGAGGCGGCCCUCAGGGCCUCACGGGCGCAGGUCGAGCUCAGCAGCCGCGAAGGAAGAAAAGAAGAAGGAAGGAAAGAGCAAAAAGAAGAGGAAGGCAAGCACGUCUUCCUCUGAGACAUCUUCCUCCUCCAGCUCCUCCUCCUCGUCUUCGUCUUCUUCCAGCUCCUCUUCCGAGGACUCCAGUGACAGUGAGCCCAAAGCAAAGAAGAGUCGACACAGCAAAAAGAAGCAAGCAAAACACAAAGAGAAAAAGAAGAAGAAGAAGAGAAUAAAAAAGAAAUCCAAAAAGAAGUCAAAAGAAAAAGCUAAGGAGGAGAGAGCCAAGGCAGAAGUGGUGCCCGGCCCCUCGCUGGAGCAGUGGCAGAAGGAGUCGCUGGUGGACUCCGGGCCAGUCCUGACAGACGAACAGAAAUCCCGCAUCCAGGCUAUGAAGCCGAUGACGAAGGAAGAAUGGGACGCGAGGCAGAGCGUCAUACGGAGAGUCGUGGACCCCGAAACGGGGAGAACCAGGCUUAUUAAGGGAGAUGGAGAAGUUCUAGAAGAAAUUGUCAGCAAGGAGAGACACAAAGAGAUUAACAAGCAAGCCACCCGGGGGGACGGGCUGGCCUUCCAGGUGCGGACGGGGAUGCUGCAGUGAGGGCCUGGGCUCCAGCCGUGCCGGGGGCUGUUCUGCAGGCACCAGCCUGGGUGUGAGCCCUGACGAGUGGAACCCUGCAGGCAGCACCGCAUCAGGAGGCUUCCCGGGGGCAGUUUCCACCCGCUCUGUAAGUUACUGACUGGGAAGGAGAGCACCUUUAAUGGUUCGUCUCCCAGUAACCCCCCUCUCUCCCCCCUCUCCUGACUGGGGCCAGUGUGGCUGUAACGCGCUUGGGUCCUGCUUGCCCUGGUGCCCCUGUUAAGGUCCGAGUUGCUCAGCAGCACCGAGAGGUGCUCCUGCCCCUCAGCUCUGGGCUCUGGCUGGCAGGAGGCAUCGCUGUGGCCGGGCUAUGCACCAGGGCUGCAACACUGGCAGCUGGCUGCCACGUCUUCCCUUCAGGGGCUGCUCUCGGUCCCCUCCUUGUGGCCCUGUGCAUACCCAGCUCGUGAGCCCUUCGUGCUCACCCACCCUGCUUGGAGCAGAGCGCCCGUGGUGCUGCGUGGCUCUGCUCAGGCUGCAGCACCCAGCCUGAGCCCUCGAGUGCCACCCUGCAUUGUGCCCCCAGGGCAGGGGCUUUACUCAUGCCCCUUUCCCACAGUGCAGGUCCUGGGCAGCAGCAAGGCUCUGGGGGGGGUCUCGGGGCCCCUGCCCACAGCAGCUGUGAUGCAAACGGCCGUCAUUUUUCCCCACUGCAAAGUCCAUAAAGCUACAAACUGUUAAAAAAAAAAAGUGGUAGUUAACGGACAAAUGAGUCCUGCGGGACUGAUCCGUGCAGAAGCCCACUGUGUUGCGUUCGCGGCUGUAACCCUCCAUUAAAGUGGCGCCUGCUCCCGUCCCGGGCUUUGUGACUCGUGUUUCUAGCGGCUCCCAAAGAAGCAGACGAGAGACGAGCCUUCCCAUUUCUUUUAAUCUGUGUAACUCACAAUGAUACUGUACACAAAGCACACCCAGGCAUUGGAACGAUGCACUAACAGCAAGGAGGAGAAGGAAGUCGUACAGAAGGUUUGUCACACACAAGCACGUCACCUGCACGGUGCUGCGCACACAGGGGCCUACCCAGCGCGGCCCGGGAGCGCCGGCUCGGGCUGCUGCUCGGCCCGGGCCGCGGGCGGGUGGGCGGCCGGCGCCCUCGGGCAUUGCCCUCUGGUGGGUCCCCACACGCGCGUCUGUUACCCCCCCCCCUCCCCCGAAGCAAUUUUUUAUAAAUAAAAUAUAAUUAACAUCGUCGAAUAUAAAAUUGACAGUCGAGGGUAUCGACAGGCAGAGGGUGCUCAGGACAGGGAAGGGACCGUAAGGCUUCUAGAACUAAUAGGAAAUGCAGCAAACGGUGGCAAUACCUGAAGAAGGGGCUGCUACAGCAAGCACGGCGGCUGCUGGGCGGAGCGGGCGUUUGUUAGUAACCCUUUGGCUAGUUACUGCUCUCGGCUCGCGUAUCGGACACUGUAAACGUUUUUGGUAUCAGAAUUUCGCCUCAUCUGAUGGAGUGAGCUGGCCACCCAGGGAAACAACUCGGCGUGAAUGCAUGGGGUCCUUUUUUUUUUUUUUUUUAAAAGACUUGAAAGGGACAGCGUCAGGUAGAAAGUCUGGCCCAAUAGUUCCGUAAUACAAAAAGCUGCUUUUUAUAAAAAUCUGAGCUCCACAGCAGAGUUUGAUUCCCAUGGAAACAAUUAAAAAAAAAGGAAGAAAAAAAAAAAAAAAGGAAAAGCCUGAGGCAGCCUGUGCAGUGCGUGCUGUAUUGUGCUAAUGUGCGAGUACAGGACGUGGGCUGCAGCAGAAGCAGCGCGACUGUCAGCGGUCGUGCUGGUGGCUGCCCAGACAACAGCGACAGGGAGGAGUACGGGAAACUUUUAAUAAGCUUUCAUUUCAAAGCAAACGCGUUCUUUGUAACAAAGAUAAGUUAGGUCUUGAACCUGACAGUGCCCCUUUAGUAAGGAUGGGAUCAUACAUUCAUCUUUCCCUCACCGCAUCCAAGUGGAUCCUCUUCCGUACACGUGGAAAGACAUCGGGUCACAUGCAUCGCUCUCCGAAACAGCUCAGAACAAACAGGUUACAGACACAGAAUUCAACUAUUGCUAUUGUUCUUUGAGUGAGUAGCACGUUGAUCUUUGCUUCAGAGAGAUGAGUGCCAGAUGGGGGUGUCUGAAGACAGACUGAUGCAGACUGUGAUGGACUGAAUCGGUGGAGAAAACUUAUUGGCAUAUUUCCUGGUAACUACACCCACGUCAUCUGGUAUUAUUGCAGCAAUAAAGGUCCUGCUCUACAAUUGCUUCUCCAUGUUGGAUUUGUACAAUGGCAACAGAUGGGGGGCCGGGGAAAGGACCCGGGGAAGUUUCAAGAAGCUCAAUAAAGGAUGAGGACGGAGGUGC